AUGGAAAACGAAGAAAGGUCACAACCAGAAGCUCAGUACCAAAGAGAACUUGAAGGAGUUCGGAAUGAUGUGGCGCACCUAACCAGUAUGUUAGAACAAAUGUUGAGAGCCAGAGAUGGAGAGGGAACGUCUACUCAACCUGAUGAAGCACCAGCAGCAGCUCAAAUUCCUAUCGCACCUAUAAACAUGGGGGCAAAUACACCAAAUAAACAGCAUCCUAAUCCCACUCGGCCCAUCCAAAUCCCUAUUACAAUGGAUUUAACAAACGAGGACCCACAUGACGUCAAACUCUCUAAUCAUGAAGGGUAUGAUAAGUGGACUGCACUAGAAGAGAGGCUAAGGGCAGUUGAAGGAAAUGAUUUAUUUGACCCAGUUAGGGCUGCUGAAGUAUGUUUGGUGCCUAACAUUGUUAUUCCAAAGAAGUUCAGAGUGCCAGAGUUUGUUAAGUAUACCGGGAUGGAAUGCCCAAAGACCCAUCUCCGUUCUUACUAUAACAAAAUGGCAGAAGUUAUCCACGAUGAUAAGAUGUUAAUUUACUUCUUCCAGGAUAGCCUGACAGGAUCGGCCCUUAGUUGGUAUAUGAGGCUGGACAAUAUUAGGAUCAAGAAGUGGACAGACUUGACAGAUGCUUUCUUAAAGCAAUACAAGUUUAAUCUUGAGAUUGCUCCUGAUAGGACCAGUCUAAUUACCAUGGAGAAAGGAAAUCAAGAGUCCGUGAGGGUUUAUGCUCAAAGGUGGCGUGACCAAGCUAUCAAUGUACAACCUCCACUAAUAGAGACGGAGAUGGUGACACUGUUUGCUAAUACUUUUAGGGCUCCAUACUAUGAACACCUUAUGGGUAGUUCAGCACAACAUUUCUAUGAUGUGGAGAGGAUUGCUGAGAGGAUCCGAAGUGGGAGAAUUGCAAAACCUAUAGAGAAGAGAGGUUUCAUUGGGAAAAAGAAAGAAAAUGAGGUGAAUAACCUAGAAGGUGGAUACAAAGGGAGAAGCAAAAACUACCAAACACCUACCACCCAAGUCACCAGUAUCAAUUUUGCCAAACCCUCCAUCCCAAACCAACCCAAUCAAACAAAAUUCCCAGCAAAUAACCAAAGCAAUUACCAAAGAAGAGACAACCGACCAUCGGAAGAACAAUUACCACCUUUACCAAUAACCUUAAAAGAGUUGUAUGCCAAGCUGUUGAGUAUUGGGCAGAUAGCUCCCCUACCUGUACCACCUAUGCAACCACCUUUCCCUGCCUGGUACAACCCCGAGGUGACUUGUGAAUACCAUGCUGGUCACGCAGGUCAUAGCAUUGAGGCUUGCUUUGCUUUUAAAAGGAAGGUGUUGCAACUGAUCAAAGUUGGAUGGGUCACUUUCGAGGAUUCACCUAAUGUGAAUUCAAACCCUCUACCCAAACAUGCUGUAAGUGGUAGUGGAGUGAAUACUAUGGAGGUCGGUAGCAAAGAGAAGGUGCUAAAAGUGACCAUGGCGAGGCUGUACGAGAUGUUGGUACAAUCUGGACAUAUAGAGAAACCAUCUGAACAUUACGUGAGGGAAAAUGAUUUUUGCCCAUUCCAUAAAAAGAAAAGGCAUCACAUUGAUGAAUGCAUUGAGUUUCAUCAAAAGGUUGCGAGGAUGCUGACUUUAGGAGAGCUAAGGAUUGAGGCUGCAAGAGAUAAUGAAGAGAUCGAGAUGAUAGAGAAUCAGGGGAAAUGUAGAGUCCAAUCAACAGCUAAUGGGCUCUCAAAAUUGGUAUUAACUAAGCCCUCAUAUGCAAACAAAGUAGACUAUGGAGUGAUGCCUGGAGAUUAUGGUUAUACCUCGAAUAUUGAAACUCCUUUGCCGCUGUUCCGAACUGAGAUAAGUGGACUAACUCGGAGUGGUCGUUGUUUCACACCUGAAGAACUAGAGAAACAAAGAAAGGCUAAGGGCAAGGAGGUGUUGGACCUCGAUAAAGAGUUUGAGGUGAAUAAACCUGUGACUGAGGAAGAAACAAAUGAGUUUUUGAAAUUAAUGAAGCAUAGUGAGUACUGUAUAGUGGAUCAGUUGAAGAAGACCCCUGCCAAGAUUUCCAUCAUGUCAUUAAUACUCAGCUCCGAGCCGCAUCGUAAUGCUUUGCAAAAAGUACUGAAUGAGGCCUACGUACCCCAAGAUAUUGAACAAAAGACUAUGGAGCAUAUAGUAGGGAGGAUCCAUGCUGCCAAUUACUUAUAUUUCACAGAAGAUGAACUUGACACUGAAGGAACUGGACAUAACAAGCCCUUGUAUGUCACAGUCCGAUGCAAAGAUUGUCUCAUCGGUAAAGUUCUCAUCGAUAACGGCUCGGCCCUUAAUGUGUUACCAAGGCAUGUGCUGGAUGAAAUGCUAGUAGAUCCCUCACACAUGCAACCCAGUGUGAUGAUGGCUAGAGCGUACGACGGCUCACCAAGGCAAGUGAUAGGGACAAUUGAGGUCGAACUAGCUGUGGGUCCACAAGUCUUUCUAGUAACCCUUCAAGUGAUGGAUAUCCACCCUUCCUAUAGUAUGUUGUUAGGAAGGCCAUGGAUACAUUCUGCGGGAGCUGUCACCUCCUCCCUACAUCAAUGUUUGAAGUACAUUGCCAAUGGUGUUCUGGUUACUGUUAAGGCUGAGGAGACUAUAUCAAUGGUAAGAAAUGUGGCGGUUCCAUUCAUUGAAGCUGAAGAUUGUAAGGAUGGAAACCUUCAUGCAUUUGAGGUUGUGAAUACGGAGUGGGUGCCCGAGAACACUGUGGUGAGGAAGCCAGAAAUCUCGGAGGCCACCAAAAUGGCCGCUAAAAGCUUUUUGAAACACAAGAUUCCUUUCCCAUAUGACAUUAAGAAAGGAAGGCUUGAAUGGGUGGAUAUAAUCAAACCAAAAGCUGCAGAACAGAGGUUUGGGCUUGGAUAUAAGCCCAAGAAGGAGGAUUACAAGCGAGCUGCUGGUGCAAGAAGGGAGAAGAGAAUGGCUAGGAUUGAAGGAAGGAAGCCUGAAGAAGAAAGCUUAGCCAUCCCUUCAAUCAGGAUUUCGUUUCCAAAGGAAGAUCAAGUCAAGGACAUUGCUGAGAAAAUUGAAUCCGGAAGAAGGGAUGAAGAGCUGCCACAAUUAACCAUUCACACUUUGGAAGAAGUCACCGACAGGACUUUCAUUCGAAAGCUAGCCGAAGGAGAGAAGUUCCGGAAUUGGGAGACCCAGGAAGCUCCAUUGGUUUUCAAAAUGAACCCUGAAAGCGGAUCCUCCACAACAACACCUGCACUUCACAUUGAGAAUGAAUGGCCAAACUUUAAAGAAUACAUACCCGCUAAAGAGGAACUUGAAACCAUAAAUGUGGGUAGUGAAGAAAUCAAGAGAGAGCUGAAAAUAGGGACUUUGAUCAUCCUUGAAGAGAAAGAAGAAUUGAUUGCACUGCUCCGAGAUUACGUAGAUGUCUUUGCCUGGUCCUACGAGGAUAUGCCUGGUUUGGAUACGAAUAUCGUAGUACAUAGGAUACCACUGGUGGAAGGAUGCAAACCGAUUAAGCAGAAGUUGAGGAGAACUCAUCCGGAGGUCUUAAUCAAAGUAAAAGCAGAAAUUGAAAAACAAUGGAACGCUGGUUUUUUGGAAGUAGUCAAGUAUCCACAAUGGGUGUCAAACAUAGUGGUGGUUCCCAAAAAGGAAGGUAAAAUCAGAGUUUGUGUGGACUUUAGGGACUUAAACCGAGCUAGCCCUAAAGAUAAUUUCCCUCUACCACACAUAGAUAUGUUAGUUGAUAAUGCAGCACGCAGCUCCACAUAUUCCUUUAUGGAUGGAUUUUCGGGCUACAAUCAGAUAAAAAUGGCGCAAGAGGAUAAGGAGAAGACAACCUUUGUAACACCAUGGGGAACAUUUUGCUACAAAGUCAUGCCAUUUGGUUUAAAGAAUGCUGGGGCCACCUACCAAAGGGCUAUGGUGACUUUGUUUCAUGACAUGAUGCACAAAGAGAUUGAAGUAUACGUGGAUGAUAUGAUUGCUAAAUCUAGAGAGGGAGAGAAUCAUGUCCAAAUAUUGAAGAAAUUGUUUGAAAGACUAAGGAAAUAUAAGUUGAGGCUUAACCCGGCGAAGUGUUCGUUCGGGGUGAAAUCUGGGAAGUUGUUGGGAUUUGUGGUGAGUGACAAAGGGAUAGAAGUGGAUCCCGACAAAGUAAAGGCUAUUCAAUCUAUGGCACCUCCCAGGACUGAGAAGGAUGUGAGAGGUUUCUUAGGAAGGUUGAAUUACAUUGCUCGGUUUAUAUCCCAAUUAACCACGACUUGUGACCCGAUCUUUCGUUUAUUAAGGAAGAAGAACCCUGGAAUUUGGAAUGAAGAGUGUGAAGAGGCUUUUGAGAAAAUCAAGCAGUACUUGUUGAAUCCACCCCUGCUUGUUCCUCCUAUACCAGAAAGGCCAUUAAUAUUGUACCUAACAGUAACAGAAACAGCAAUGGGAUGUGUGCUUGGGCAACACGAUGAAACCGGAAAGAAGGAAAGGGCCAUUUAUUACCUGAGCAAGAAGUUCACGGAAUGUGAGUCUAGGUAUACUGUGAUUGAGAAGCUGUGUUGCGCACUGACAUGGGCUGCAAAGAGAUUACGUCAGUAUAUGUUGUAUCACACUACGUGGUUAAUUUCCAAAUUAGACCCGUUGAGGUACAUUUGUGAAAAGCCCUAUUUAUCGAGCCGAAUUGCAAGAUGGCAAGUUCUAUUGGCUGAGUAUGACAUAGUAUAUAUGACAAGGAAAGCCGUAAAAGGGAGUAUUAUUGUCGAUCACCUGGCUGACCAUGCUAUGGAAGAUUAUGAAUCAUUAGACUUUGAAUUUCCCGAUGAAGAUGUGCUUGCAAUUGAGGAAGAGAAAUCAGAUUGGUGGAUUAUGUACUUUGAUGGUGCUGUAAAUGUAUGUGGUAACGGAGCAGGUGCGGUGAUAAUCUCUCCUGAUAAGAAGCAGUAUCCGGUUUCAGUUAAGCUACAGUUCGGGUGCACCAACAACACGGCGGAGUAUGAAGCUUGCAUUCUCGGUUUGGAGGCUGCAUUGGAGCAAAACAUCAGAAAGAUAGAUGUGUAUGGAGACUCAAUGCUGAUCAUUUGCCAAGUAAAAGGAGAAUGGCAAACCAAGGAAGAGAAGUUAAGGCCUUACCAAGAAUACUUGUCUAAACUGGCUGGAGAAUUUGAGGAAAUAGAGUUCACCCAUCUAGGAAGGGAAGGAAACCAGUUUGCGGAUGCUUUGGCUACACUAGCAUCUAUGGCCAAAAUAGACUUUGGGCACAAGGUACAACCAGUACACAUCAAUAUCAGAAAUAACCCAGCUCAUUGUUGCUCAGUCGAAAGAGAAGUGGAUGGAAACCCUUGGUACUAUGAUGUCAAGAAUUUCAUCCAAAACCAGGCAUAUCCCAUAGGGGCAUCCAAAAUCGAUAAGAAGACCUUGAGGAGGUUGGCAAUGGAUUUUUAUCUUGAUGGGGAGAUUUUGUAUAAGAAAUCAUCCGACGGGACUUUGUUGAGAUGUUUGGAUGAAUUUGAGGCAAAAAGCGCGUUACGAGAAGUCCAUGAAGGGAUUUGCUCAACCCAUGCUAAUGGACACGUGAUGGCUAGGAAGAUACAAAGAGCAGGUUACUUCUGGAUGACAUUAGAAAAGGAUUGCAUCGACUAUGUCCGAAAAUGUCAUAAGUGCCAAGUAUACAGUGACAAAAUCAACGCCCCUCCAACUCCUCUAUUUAACUUGACAUCUCCAUGGCCCUUCGCGAUGUGGGGAAUUGAUGUGAUUGGACCUGUAAACCCAAAAGCCAGCAAUGGUCAUAAGUUUAUUCUCGUGGCUAUCGACUACUUUACAAAAUGGGUAGAAGCCGGGUCAUUUGCUCAUGUGACGCAAAAAGUAGUGAAGAAAUUUAUUGAGAGAGAUUUGAUUUGUCGGUAUGGUCCACCAGAAAAGAUUAUAACUGAUAAUGCCCAGAAUUUCAAUGGCAAGAUGAUAAUAGAACUCUGCGCUAAAUGGAAAAUCAAGCAUUCCAACUCUUCGCCGUAUAGGCCAAAGAUGAAUGGUGCGGUAGAAGCUGCUAACAAGAACGUCAAAAAGAUUAUUCAGAAGAUGGUAGUCACCUAUAAGGAUUGGCAUGAGAUGUUGCCAUUUGCCCUUCAUGCGUAUCGCACCGCAGUCCGAACCUCAACAGGAGCCACCCCGUACACGUUGGUAUAUGGAAUGGAGGCGGUUAUGCCUUUAGAAGUGGAAAUCCCCUCAUUGAGAGUACUGGUAGACUCUGAGCUGGAAGAGGUAGAAUGGGCAAAAGUUAGAUAUGAACAACUGAAUCUGAUCAGUGAAAAGAGGAUAGCCGCAAUCUGUCAUCAUCAACUUUACCAAAGAAGGAUGGCCAAAUCAUACGACAAAAAGGUUCGACCUCGAGGAUUCCACGAAGGAGAUCUUGUACUGAAGAAAAUAUUGCCUUUACCAGGAGAAGAUCAGAGUAAAUGGGCGCCGAACUAUGAGGGCCCUUACGUGGUGAAGAAAGCAUUCUCGGGAGGAGCUUUGCUGUUAUCUAGAAUGGAUGGAGAAGAUCUAGUUAGGCCAGUGAAUUCUGACUCUGUAAGGAAAUAUUACGCUUGAUGUAUUCCGUAAUCACCCAAUCAAUAAAAUAAAGUUUGGCCAUGAAUUUUCUCUGUUAAAA